AUGGGUAGACAGACUGAAGAGCGGAAUGCUACUAUCGCUGCUGCUGCUGAGGCCGCUGUUGCUGCCGCCAACGGAGCCAAUGGGAAUAAUGGAAACAAUGGGAACCACGGGAAUGACGGGCAUCCCGCUCAGGGCCAAGUACAGGCAAACAGACCAAUGUCUAAGCUGGUUGAACAGUUUCUGAAGUUGAAGCCCCCGAGAUUUGAUGGGAGAGGCGACACUAAGACUGCUCCUCGAUGGGUGGAAGAACUAGAGAAAGCCUUCGAAGUGCUGGGAUGCACUGAAGAGGAAAAAGUAACCCUGGCAAUCUACAAGCUUCAGGAAAACGCAAGCGAUUGGUGGAGAGCCACCAAAGGUCAAGUGUUCCCUGCUGGUACUGCCCCGACUUGGACUAUUUUUACCGAGACCUUCAAUGGCAAGUAUUUCUCGAAAAGCGCCCGAGAGCAUAAGUUGGCUGAAUUCAUGAGACUUCGCCAAGGUCAGAUGUCGGUGGAUCAGUACGAAGCCGAGUUUACAAGGCUGUCCAAAUUUGCCCCAAGAAUGAUAGAGGACCCAGUGGACAAAGCCAGGAGGUUCCGAGACGGGUUGAAGCCGGACCUUCACAGUCAAAUGAUAUUGCUGAACCUGAGGGGUUAUCAUGAGAUAUAUGACCGAGCUUAG